GAGUCAGUGGAGGAAAGUGUGAGUGGCGGUCAGUGAGCGCUUCGCUGUGGGAGAACCGCUUCCCCUCAGCCUGCAGACAUGAGUCCAGAUUCCCUCUGAACUCUCCUCUCUCUGAACCGGGACACACUCUCCUUACAGAGCGGCGGGUAGAGGAGCGGAGCGGAGCGGAGCGGAGCGGAGCCGGAGUUAUAGAGCCCGGAGCGCAGCGCUGCGUGAGAGAGAGAGAGAGAGAGAGAGAGAGUUUCUGAGGGUUUAUAGAGCGGGACUGUGUGACAGGAUGUACCAUGAAGACGGAGCGAACUCUAUCAGACCGCGCUAUGGAUCUAUUGUGGACGAUGAGAGGCUCUCGGCCGAGGAAAUGGACGAGAGGAGACGACAAAACAUCGCCUAUGAAUAUCUCUGUCACCUAGAGGAGGCUAAACGGUGGAUGGAAGCCUGCCUGGAGGAGGAACUUCCUUCCACCACUGAGCUGGAGGAAGGCUUGCGGAAUGGCGUCUACCUCGGCAAGCUCGCCAAGUUCUUUGCACCCAAAAUGGUGUCCGAGAAGAAGAUCUACGACAGAGAUCAGUCUCGUUACAAGCGAACAGGGCUACACUUCAGACACACAGACAACACAGUCCAGUGGCUCAGAGCUAUGGAGUCCGUGGGUUUGCCAAAGAUAUUCUAUCCAGAGACGACUGACGUGUACGAUCGCAAGAAUAUGCCCAAGGUGAUCUACUGCAUACACGCACUCAGUUUGUACCUCUACAAAUUGGGGAUUGCUCCACAAAUCCAAGACUUGCUGGGAAAAGUGGCCUUCACAGAGGAGGAGAUCAGUAACAUGAGAAAAGAACUGGAGAAAUAUGGUAUUCAGAUGCCCGCCUUCAGCAAAAUAGGUGGCAUCCUGGCCAAUGAGCUUUCAGUGGAUGAAGCUGCAUUACAUGCUGCUGUAUUUGCCAUUAACGAGGCCAUAGACAGAGGCCAGGCUGAGGGCACCAUGACUGCACUGCAGAAUCCAAACGCCAUGCUGAGGAACACCCAGGUGGAGCUGGCCAACGACUAUCAGGACACACUGAGUCAGGCCAAGAGGAGAAAAGAGGCCCUGGCCUCUGGGCGGCGCUCAUCCAUUGCAACUGAAGAGAGAGACGUGUAUGAGGAGUUACUGACGCAGCAGGAGAUCCAGAGCAGUGUGGACGGGGUCAACACACUCAUCGCCUUGCAGAAGGUAAACCAGGCCAUCGAUACCCAGGAUACAGACGCUCUCCUGGCUGCUCUCAGGUUACCUGCCCUGGGCAUUCUCGGAGUCUCAGAGGCCAAUUCCCAGUGGUACCUCGAGCACUUCACAUCCUACAGGGAACACAAAUCCAAGGAUGUUGGUGCUGCAGCUCAUUUGGAGAAGGACGAGAUUCAGAGGGCCGUGAGCUCCUGCAACGACUUCGCUGAAGCUGAGAAACGAAAGCAGGAGGCCGUGGCUGCAAUCAACGCUGCCAUCCGGCGUGGAGUUCCAGAAGAGACAGUAGAUGAACUCAUGAACCCAGAGGCUCAGCUGCCCAUCAUCUACCCCACUGCUGCCAACCUGUACCAGUCUGAACUCUUCAGCCUGCAGAAUGGCUCAAAGAAAAAGGCAGGUCUGAGCCACGAGGAGCUGUGUGUUGCCGUGGAGAUGCUCACAGCAGUAGCAAUCUUAAACGAGGUGCUGGACACUAAGGACUCUGUGGCCGUUUCUGAGCAGCUUUCAGACUCUCCGUUAGGAUUCAGCAACAUCGACCAUGACAACAUGCAGAGAUAUGCUGAUACUCUCAUAAACCUUAGAGCUGAGUCUCUUGCUCAGGGACAGGAGUUUCUCACCUGGAACGAUGUUCAGAAGAGCAUCGACACUGUCAACUUUCAGGUUCAUGAGGAGCAUGAAAGGGUCAUUGCCAUUGCUGAGAUCAACGAGGCCCUGAACUCUGGAGAUCCAGAGAAGACCCUCGCUGCUCUUCUCCUCCCCACAGCCAAAAUACAGGGAGUUAACCUGGAUACAGCCAAACACUACCACGACCUGCUGCUGCACACCAAAGAGCUUAUCUGCAAGGUCUGUUCCCAUGAAGAGGAAGAAACGAGAUCAGGGGAUGAGUCUGCAGUUCUGUGGCUGGAUCAGAUCCAAGAGGCAAUACACGCUGCCAACCAGGACCAGGAAGAUGCUCUGAAAUUGGCUGAGGCAGUGGCAGACGUUAACAGAGCGAUAGCUGCAGGAGAUGAGGAGGAAACACUGGCAGCUCUACAGAAUCCAAACGCAGGACUGAGAGGAGUUCUGCCUGAAUGUGCUCACACCUACCAGACUAAACUAGCACAGCUACAGGAUCAACACAUGGAACAAGGGAAUAGUGGCAGUCUGUGGGUGAAGCACAGAAUCAAGGAUAAGUAUGACUAUUUCUAUAAUCUGGAAACCAAAGAAGGAACAUGGGAAGAACCUGAAAACUUUGUCCAUGACAGCUCACAGCUCACUAAAGAGAACAUUCAGGGUGUCGUGAGCAGCUUGACAGCCGAAUACAACCGAGAACAGCUUUGGUUGGCCAAUGAGCCGCUCAUCAUCCAGCUGCAGGCUUGUACUCGUGGAUACCUGGUGAGACGGGCCUACAGGGAGAGACUGGAGUAUUUACAGCAACAAGAGCCAAGAGUAAUCAAACUGCAGGCUUCCUGGAAGGGCUAUAAACAGAGGAAAGCCUAUAAAGGCAGACUACAGACCUUACAAAGCAAUGUCCAGACUGUGGUCAAGAUACAGUCUCUGGUGAAAAUGUGGAGGGCCAGACGAGUGUACACAGAGAGACUACAGUAUUUUAAAGAUCAUGAAAAAGAAAUAGUGAAGAUCCAAGCUUUUCUGAAGGCAAACAAAGCCAGAGAUGACUACAGAACUCUGACGGGUUCAAAGGACCCUCCUCUCUCCGUGGUCCGUAAGUUUGCCCACCUGCUGGAACAGAGCAGCCUAGACCUGCAGGAAGAGCAGGAACUGACACGACACAGAGAGGAAGUGGUCACUAAAAUCCGUGCCAAUCAACAAAUGGAGAAGGACCUGAACCUGAUGGACAUUAAGAUCGGCCUAUUGGUGAAAAACAGGAUCACACUUCAGGACGUGGUGUCACACAGUAAGAAGAUGAAGACGAAAAAGAACAAAAUGAGCAAAGAGGAUUUGGCUGUGGGCGACAAGCAGGGCAUUAAAGGUCUGAGCAAAGAGAAGAGGAAGAGACUGGAGGCCUACCAGCAUCUCUUCUAUCUACUACAAACGAAUCCAUCAUAUCUGGCCAAGCUCAUCUUCCAGAUGCCCCAGAACAAAUCCACCAAGUUUAUGGACACAGUGAUCUUCACUCUCUAUAACUACGCCUCCAACCAGCGAGAGGAGUACCUGCUGCUCAAGCUCUUUGAGUCCGCCCUCAAGGAGGAGAUCAAAUCAAAGGUGGACCAAAUCCAGGACAUUGUGACGGGGAACCCUACUGUUAUCAAGAUGGUGGUGAGCUUCAACCGUGGAGCUCGAGGACAGAACGCUCUGAGGCAGCUUCUCUCACCAGUGGUCAAAGAAAUCAUUGAAGAUAAAAGCCUGGGCAUCAACACUAAUCCCAUAGACAUCUACAAGGCCUGGGUCAACCAGCUGGAGACGGCUACAGGAGAGGCCAGUAAACUGCCGUAUGAGGUCACAGCGGAACAGGCACUAUCUCACGAGGAAGUGAGGACUAGGCUGGAGGCGUCUAAUCAGACACUGCGCUCCGUCACGGACAAAGUGCUGAGCUCCAUCAUGUCAUCGGUGGACACUAUCCCCUAUGGCAUGAGGUACAUAGCGAAGGUUCUGAAGGACACACUUCAUGAAAAAUUCCCUGAUGCUUCUGAAGAUGAUCUCCUGAAGAUUGUAGGAAACCUGCUCUAUUACCGGUACAUGAAUCCUGCUAUAGUUGCUCCUGAUGGCUUCGACAUCAUAGACAUGACGGCCGGAGGGCAGCUGCAUUCGGACCAGAGGAGGAACCUGGGCUCUGUGGCGAAGAUGCUGCAGCAUGCCGCCGCCAACAAACUGUUUGAGGAUGGGAGCGACCAUCUCACAUCUAUGAACAGCUACAUCUCUUCCACUUAUCAGAAAUUCAGGUUAUUCCUCCAGGGUGCAUGUGACGUUCCCACUCCAGAAGAGAAGUUUAAUGUGGACGAGUAUUCAGACAUGGUGACGCUCAGCAAACCUGUCAUCUACAUCUCCAUAGAGGAGAUCAUCAACACACAUUCGCUAGUGCUGGAGCAUAAAGAGGCCAUAGCUCCAGAUCACACUGAUCUUCUGCAUGAGCUUCUGGAGGACCUGGGUGAUGUUCCUGACAUGGAGUCAUUACUUGGUGAAGGUGCUGUGGAUGCCAAUGACCCAAACAAGGAGAAUACUCUGGGUCAGUUGGCUAAAACAGAGGUAUCCCUCACACUCACCAACAAAUUUGAGCUGAUGGAUGAUGAUGACAGGGACAUGAAGGGCCUAAUGAUGAAGACGAAGAAGCUGAUAGUGGACAUGGUGAGAAUCCAACCAGGAGAAACACUGACAGAUAUUCUUGAUACUCCAGCUACUACCCUGCAGGAGUCUGAGCAUGCCAAGCUUGUGGAGAAGCGUGCAGCUCAGGACGCUACAGCUCCUGAGGGGCUGAAGAGCAGUCAGGCUGUGCUGGAGGACAGGCAGCUUCCUCUGGAGCAGAAGAAGCGCAAGAUACUCAGGAACCUUCGCACUCUGGAACAGGCUGGAUUAGUCAGCGCGAGCAACAAGUACCAGGAGAUCAUCAAUGACAUCUCUAAGGACAUUCGCUACCAGAGGCGCUACAGACAGAGGAGGAAAGCUGAACUGGUGAAGCUCCAGCAGACCCUGCAGGCCCUCAACUCCAAAGCAGCUUUCUACCAGGACCAGAUCAACUACUACGACACAUAUAUUAAAACCUGCCUGGACAACCUCAACAGAAAGAACGCUCGCAGAUCGAUCAAACUUGACAAAAAAGGCGAAGAGAAGGGAAGCAAGAAGUCUAAGCAGCAGGCUUUGAAGUACACAGCUGCCCGACUGCACGAGAAAGGAGUCAUUCUGGAGAUUGAAGGCCUUCAGACCAAUCAGCUCAAAAAUGUCAUGUUUGACAUCAUACCCUGUGAAGAAGUUGGGGAUUUUGAAAUAAAGGCCAAGUUUUUGGGAGUGGAGAUGGAAAAAGUCCAACUGCAUUUCCAGGAUCUUCUACAGCUUCAGUAUGAGGGAGUCGCUGUCAUGAAAAUGUUCGACAAGGCCAAAGUCAAUGUCAACCUCCUCAUAUUCCUGCUGAACAAGAAGUUUUACGGAAAGUGAAUUGCGUUUCAGAAUUCCGUACGCAUUUACUGAGAUGAGCGCCUGUACACUUGGGAACGUGAACUAAUGCUAAUACUAAGUCUUUGAUAUAUAAUGCACAGUGAGAGAAUAGUGUGUGCCUUCAGGCCUUCAGGUUAAGCUGGUUUUAUAUUUAAAAAAAAGCCUGCGGAACUGGGAAUUCUGGGAUUUCAGUUGUUGUUAAUGGAGAUUUUGAGUAUUUAAUUAUAAGAUAUUUGCUGCAUAUUAAGAGUCCACAUAUUAAAGCUGUACAUAUAGAGAAGCUUAAGCACUCUGAUUGACUCUGACUGCUGAUUGGUGUUGAUUAGAAUCGCAAUUAAAUUGUACCAAAAACCUUUUAGCACAACUUUACCAAUGAAGGCUUAUAACUCGUUUAUGUUUGUUUUCCACGCGGUAAUUGUACAUGAAUUAUAUUUUUAAAUGGUAUUAUAAUUGAAUUAUAUAUUUUAUAUAUAGUUAGUACUGUAUGUGGACCACUGUUAUGAUGUCACUGUACAAAAAGAAAGAAAAAACAGGGAACAAUUAAGACUUAAAAUGAAUGAAUUUCACUAUUCAAGCACUACUGCCUCUGCUUCUGAACAAUUUAUGGGGAAAGCCAAAAAAUAUAUUAAAGCCACAGAAAAAUCUGUUUUUCGACUAGUGCCUUCCAUUCAUACGUGAUUAAGCUGUGUGCAUAUUUUAAAUGAUCUAAUAAUAAGGAGCAUUGGGUAGAGCUUUUAAAAGAAUGUACGGGUGAUGUAACAGCUGAACUGAAAUAAUUAAAUAAAUAACAUAAAAAAAUA